ACCUGCGCUCCCAACCAUGUCUGGCCCUCACACGACUCUGGCCGUCACGGAAGACGGCAUUGCGCUCGUGACGUUGGUGAACCCACCUGUGAACAGCCUUCACCCAACUGUGCUGCAAAGUUUGUUCAACCACCUGAGGGAGGCGCAGGCAAGGCAGGAGGUGAAGGCCAUUGUCAUCACCGGAGCCAAUGGCCGCUUUUGCGCCGGCUUUGACAUCAACCAGUUCGUGCAGUCGAGCGGUGGCGGCGGGAUCGACGCCCAUAUCAACGAUGCCUUCUGUGACCUGAUUGAGUCAGGACCCAAGCCCACGGUGGCAGCAGUGCAGACAAUGGCGCUGGGUGGCGGGUGUGAGCUAGCUUUGGCAUGCAAUGCACGCGUGUGUACACCAGGCACCUCGUUUGGCCUGCCCGAGCUGCAGCUGGGAAUCAUCCCCGGUUUUGGCGGCACGCAGCGCCUGCCACGCGCGGUAGGCUUGCAGAAGGCGGUGGAGAUGAUGCUGACCAGCACUCCCAUCAAGGAUCGCGCGGCUCGUGAGCUGGGCCUGGCUGAUGAGGUGGUGCCACCAGGGCAGCUGCUGGAGGUCGCGAAGCGGGUGGCAUUCGACAUCGCAGCUGGCAAGCGUGCCCGGGUGCAGACCCUCUACCGCACUGACAAGUUGGAACCGCUGGGCGAGGCGCUGGCAAUUUUGCAGUUUGCGCGGUCGCAGGCCGCGAAGCGGGCACGCCAUCUGAUGCAUCCGCUGCUGUGCCUGGAUGCCAUCCAGUACGGUAUCGAGCAUGGUGGCCGUGCCGGCCUGCAGAAGGAGGGGGAGUGCUUUGGUGCAGCAGCGGCGCUGGACACACACAAGGCACUCGUUCACAUUUUCUUUGCACAGCGCUCCACCAAGAAGAUCAGGGGCGUGACCGACACAGGUCUGCGCCCCCGCCCCAUCAAACGUGUUGCCGUCCUUGGCGGCGGCUUGAUGGGCAGUGGCAUUGCCACCGCUUGCGUGCUCGCGGGGGUCGAGGUGCUGCUGAAGGAAGUGAACCAGAAGUUCCUGGAUGCCGGCAUGGGGCGCAUCCAGUCAAACCUGGCCAGCCGGGUCAAGAAGGGUCGCAUGACCGAGCAGAUGGCGCAGGCAGCCAUGUCCCGCGUCCAGGGGGCGCUGGACUACAGCGGCUUUGGCAGCGUGGACAUGGUGAUCGAGGCGGCCAUCGAGGAUGUGGGCCUGAAGCAGGAGAUCUUUGCAGAGCUGGAGCGCAGCUGUCGCAAGGACGCCAUUCUUGCCACCAACACCUCCACCAUCAAUAUUGAGCUGGUCGGGGCCAAGACCUCCUGCGCAGACCGCAUUCUGGGCGCGCACUUCUUCAGCCCAGCCCACGUGAUGCCGCUGCUGGAGAUCGUGCGCACUGAUCAGACAUCCAAGCAGGUCAUUCUGGACACCCUGGAGCUCAGCACCAAGAUCAAGAAAACGCCCGUCGUGGUGGGCAACUGCACGGGGUUUGCCGUUAACCGCGUGUUCUUCCCCUACACUCAGGCAGCCUGCAUGCUGGUAGACAUGGGGCUGGACCCCUACCGCAUUGACAAGAUCAUCGCCGGCUUUGGCAUGCCCAUGGGUCCCUUCAGGCUGAGCGAUUUGGUGGGUGCCGACAUAGGGCUGCACGUGGGCAAGAACUUCUUGGAGUCGUUCUCCAAGCGCUGCUACCCUGCCCGCAUCAUCCAGCUGCUGAACGAGAACAAGCGUUUGGGCGAGAAGAGCGGGCGUGGCUUCUACAAGUAUGACGCCCGCCGGCGCGCCUCGCCCGAUCCCGACCUCGCGCCCCUGGUGCAGCAGUCGCGGAAGGGUGCUGGGCUGUAUCAGGAUGGGGCGCCACCUCCAAAGAUGAACGACCAGGACAUUGUGGAGUUUAUCUUCUUCCCUGUGGUGAACGAGGGUUGCCGCGUCAUUGAUGAAGGCAUUGUGGACAAGCCGGCAGACCUGGAUGUGGCAAUGGUGAUGGGCAUGGGCUUCCCCGCCUUCCGUGGUGGCCUCAUCUUCUGGGCUGAUCUGGUCGGAGCAGACUACAUCUGCCAGCGGCUGGCCGGCUGGGCAAAGCAGUUCAGCGGCACAGCUCUGCAGGGCUUCUUCAAACCGUCUGCAUAUUUGGAGCGCUGUGCACGCCAGGGCACCAAGCUGUCGGCAGGUAAAGGCGCAGCAUCCAAGCUUUAGGGCCGAACGGCCGACCAGUAGCGGCCAGCAGCUGAUACCAAGUUUUCAACGGAGCUCAGGGACAGCUGCCGACCAGUAGCGAUUAGCAGCGGAGAGCGGAGAGCGAGCCUUUUAACGGGUGUUUAGUGUUAUAGCGCCAGUUUUGAACAGUUUUUUUUCAAGACGUUAACGGAUCUGCUUGUAUAGCUUCGCUUCUUGUAACUACAUAGCGCACUA